UCAGAGGACUACAUUUCUCUCUGCGCUCCCAUUAGACGAGGACACCAGGCAGCGGCAACCAUUUUGUUCCGCCUAAGGACCCCUAAGAUGGCGGCGGGGGAGACGGUGAAGGUUGCAGUCAGCCUCUCCGGGCUCUAGCCUGCAGUUUCCCGGUCUCCCGGCGGCCGGCCCAUGGCCUGGCGGAGGUCUGGACCAUGGACCUCCGCACCGUCGUGUACAAUGCCGCCCGUGACGGCAAGCUCCAGCUUCUCCAAAAGCUGCUCAGCGGCCGGAGCCGGGAGGAGCUGGACGAGCUGACGGGCGAGGUGGCCGGCGAGGGGACGCCGCUGCUCAUCGCCUCCCGCUACGGCCACCUGGACGUGGUCGAGUAUCUGGUGGACCGGUGCGGCGCGAGCGUGGAGGCAGGAGGCUCGGUGCACUUCGAUGGCGAGACUAUCGAGGGCGCGCCGCCGCUGUGGGCCGCCUCGGCCGCCGGCCACCUGGACGUGGUGCAGAGCCUGCUGCGCCGCGGGGCCUCGGUGAACCGCACCACGCGCACCAACUCCACGCCGCUGCGCGCCGCCUGCUUCGAUGGGCACUUGGAGGUGGUGCGCUACCUGGUGGGCGAGCACCAGGCCGACCUGGAGGUGGCUAACCGGCACGGGCACACGUGCCUCAUGAUCUCCUGUUACAAGGGCCACCGUGAGAUCGCCCGCUACCUGCUGGAGCAGGGCGCCCAGGUGAACCGGCGCAGCGCCAAGGGUAACACCGCCCUGCACGACUGCGCCGAAUCCGGCAGCCUGGAGAUCCUGCAGCUGCUGCUCGGGUGCAACGCCCGCAUGGAACGCGAUGGCUACGGCAUGACCCCGUUGCUGGCAGCCAGCGUAACUGGCCACACCAACAUCGUGGAGUACCUUAUCCAGGAGCAGCCUGCUGGGAAGGAGGCGCAGCCAGGGCUGGCCCAAGAAAGUCCCUCCACCAGCCCGGGAUGCGUGAAGCCCCGGGAGGCCAGCUGUUGCAGUUCCUCCCCGGAGGAACCCCUUAGCAGUGAAUCUUAUGAGAGCUGCUGCCCUACCAGCCGGGAAGCUGCGGUGGAAGCCUUGGAAUUGCUGGGAGCCACGUAUGUGGAUAAGAAGCGUGAUCUGCUUGGGGCCCUGAAACACUGGAGGCGGGCUAUGGAGCUCCGUCACCAGGGGGGCGCGUAUCUGCCCAAGCCAGAGCCCCCGCAGCUGGUCCUGGCCUAUGAUUAUUCCAGAGAGGUGAACACUGCCGAGGAAUUGGAAGCACUUAUAACCGAUCCGGACGAAAUGCGGAUGCAGGCCCUGUUGAUCCGAGAGCGCAUCCUGGGUCCCUCUCAUCCAGACACUUCUUAUUAUAUCCGUUAUAGGGGCGCAGUGUAUGCUGACUCAGGCAAUUUUGAGCGCUGUAUUCGCUUGUGGAAAUAUGCCCUAGACAUGCAGCAGAACAACCUGGAGCCUCUGAGCCCCAUGACCGCCAGCAGCUUCCUUUCGUUUGCUGAACUUUUCUCUUACGUGCUUCAGGACCGGGCGGCCAAGGGCAGCCUGGGCACACAAAUUGGCUUUGCAGACCUCAUGGGGGUGCUCUGCAAAGGGGUCCGGGAAGUGGAACGGGCCCUGCAACUGCCCAAGGAGCCAGGGGACUCUGUACAGUUCACCAAGGCGCUGGCCAUCAUCCUCCACCUGCUCUAUCUGUUGGAGAAAGUGGAGUGCACGCCCGACCAGGAACAUCUGAAGCACCAGACCGUCUACCGGCUGCUGAAGUGUGCCCCCCGGGGCAAGAAUGGCUUCACCCCUUUGCACAUGGCCGUGGACAAGGACACCACAAAUGUGGGCCGAUACCCAGUGGGCAGAUUCCCCUCCCUGCAGGUGGUCAAGGUAUUGCUUGACUGCGGAGCUGACCCAGACAGUCGGGACUUUGACAACAACACCCCGUUGCACAUAGCCGCCCAGAACAAUUCCCCGGGGAUUAUGAAUGCCCUGAUUGAAGCGGGGGCCCACAUGGAUGCCACCAAUGCCUUCAAGAAAACAGCCUACGAGCUGCUGGAUGAGAAGCUGCUGGCUAAGAGCACCAUUCAGCCUUUCAACUACGUAACCCUACAGUGCCUUGCAGCCCGCGCCCUGGACAAGAAUAAGAUCCCCUACAAAGGCUUCAUCCCUGAGGAGCUGGAGGCUUUCAUUGAGCUGCACUGAUAGGAUUCUGAGAGGGGAGAAACCCAGAGAGGUGUAGCCCACACCAGUCCUUGCCCUCUCUUGGUGAGCACUUCAGGUGGCAUGAAACAGGAAGAAGGGCCCUCCAACCUCCAUGGCCCUUCACCUCUGCACAGAGUGGGGAAAGGAGUUAGUUUGGUGCUAGAAGCCUUCGGAAUCAUGUGCUCAGAGAACUUUCUCCAGGAGGGUACGCACCCAUCCUUAAUUGGGAGAAGAUGCACAACUUUCCACACAUCCCAUCUGCCUGGGUCUCAGAAGAUUUUGCCUUCUUACUGAGAGACAGAGGGAUUGAAGCCAUUGCCUUCCUCUGCUAGAAACAGAAUUGGGUCUGUCCUUCUUUGCCCCUUAUGUGGCUGGAUAAACUCAGCCACAAAAUACAGUAUUAGGACUGGGGGCUACCAAGGUGGAAAGUUGGAGACUCUCACAAGACCAUCUCUCACUUCUUCCAGCACAGUCACACCCUGCUCUCUUCUGCGUUUCCAUAGUUAGCCUGCACAGGCAGGGCGCUCUGUUCAGGGCAGCCUGCCACUUGCAUAGCUUUGGGCUGGUUUGGUGUUCUGUUUAUUUAGUAGGUGGUCAGGCUACAGGCAUUGCACAGGAGUUCUGAGGUUUUGCUGCCAUAUUUUUUUUCUUAAGAAUUUGAAAUUUUCUUUUAAGACUUGAUAACUUAAUUUUGUGCAUCAAGGGUUUUGUUGUGCCUGAGGUGGCCGAGGCCCUCAGGAGCGAGCUUUAUUGUGUGAAGAAUUUGGUGGAGGUGGGAGACCAUGGUAUUGGUUCCUAAAACGCAGGUGGCUGUACAUUUCUUAAAACUUCACUCAUUUGCCUUUUACUUGGGCCUCUCGUAUUCCCAUCCUCAUUAGGGAAGUGUUUUUUCGAAACAGGUUCAGGCCAGAUGCCCAAGGCACUGAGCUUGAUGUGAGUUUCCCACUGAGUGAGAACUAGCAAGGUUGCUUUGGGGGUUGGUUUUUCACAGACUCUGAGAACUGCAGGCUGCUUCAGCCCCACAAAUCACGUACAAGUGCACAGUAUUGUGGGCAUAGCCACCCCAAGUGGCUUUAGCCACUCUUACCACUGCUCAAGCACCUGAAUCCAGGUCUUCCUAAGGAAAUCCUAAGUGCAGCGUUAACUCAGUAAAUCAGCUGGGUGAGACAGUGAAUGCUGAGAGCUGAGGUGAUGCAAAAUCUUUGCUUCCCAUCACUCAGGGUAUAAAGUGCCUGUGUUAGAGAACCUGCUGCAGGGCGGUUUUUCUUGGGUAGUACUGUGUUUGCCCUGACAGGCAGAAGGGGACUGUUCCUGGCCUCUUUGGACAAGAGUGAAUAGCAGAAGGGGACAGCAGCGUCCUCACCCCACACCUCUCCUUCAGCCUUGUCAAAUGGCAGCUACAUGGAGGGCUUCAGACACCACAGCAGGUGCCUGGGUAUUCUGCCCUCUGAGAAAACUGGGUCUCUCCUGUGGAUUUGCAGUAUUACUUAGGAUGCUCUUUAUUUACAAGACCAGGUUUUACCUUCUGUCGAGGUGGGAAGCAGCACGGAAUAAAGAAAUGAGGCCGUUUAAAUUGUGAGUCCUGGUGCUGGUGUUUAAGUCAUUAAAAAGACAACAUUAGAAGAAAACCACCAGACAGUUCCUUGCUGGGGGAGAAGGGGGAAGGAGGAUGCCCCUGAGAGUAAAAGGCCAUGGUGCCAGUCCACUUAAAAAAGCAGCCCUUGGGCCUCCAUCUCUAACUGGAGGAGUUUCUGUGUGCUGGGGCUCUGUGUAAGGUUUCAUUCAAAUGGAGUAUUAUGCAUAAAAAGAAAAAGUGAAUACCA